AUGGAGCCGCGGCACGUGCGCCCCGCGCCCGGCGCCCGCAGCCCGACCUGGGAGGAACCGGAGUCGGACAGGAUGGCCGGGGCCGGCGGCCAGCACCACCCCCCGGGCGCGGCGGGAGGAGCGGCAGGCGCCACGGUCACCCCCGCCACUGUCCCGGCGGGGCCCGGAGACGACUCGUCCGACAGCGAAGCGGAGCAGGAGGGACCCCAGAAGCUGAUCCGCAAAGUGUCCACCUCUGGGCAGAUCCGCACCAAGACCAGUGUUAAAGAGGGACAGCUGUUGAAGCAAACCAGUUCUUUCCAAAGGUGGAAAAAGCGAUACUUCAAACUUCGUGGUCGUACACUUUAUUAUGCAAAGGACUCAAAGUCUCUGAUAUUUGAUGAAGUUGACCUCUCAGAUGCCAGUGUAGCUGAAGCAAGCACAAAAAAUGCUAACAACAGCUUCACGAUAAUCACUCCAUUUAGAAGACUAAUGCUGUGCGCUGAGAAUAGGAAAGAGAUGGAGGAUUGGAUCAGCUCACUGAAGUCUGUACAGACCAGAGAACCUUACGAGGUGGCCCAGUUUAACGUGGAACAUUUCUCAGGGAUGCAUAACUGGUACGCGUGCUCCCACGCCCGACCCACUUUCUGCAACGUGUGCCGAGAAAGUCUUUCUGGAGUCACCUCCCAUGGCCUGUCCUGCGAAGUGUGUAAAUUCAAGGCUCACAAACGGUGUGCAGUGAGGGCAACAAACAACUGCAAGUGGACAACCCUGGCCUCCAUCGGGAAGGACAUCAUCGAGAACGAGGAUGGGGUGGCCAUGCCUCACCAGUGGCUCGAGGGUAACUUGCCCGUGAGCGCCAAGUGUGCUGUCUGCGACAAAACGUGUGGCAGUGUUCUCCGUCUUCAAGAUUGGAGAUGCCUUUGGUGUAGAACGAUGGUGCACACUGCCUGUAAAGAUUUAUAUCAUCCUGUAUGUCCACUUGGCCAAUGUAAAGUAUCUGUCAUACCUCCAAUUGCACUAAACAGCACUGAUUCUGAUGGUUUCUGUAGAGCAACGUUUUCAUUCUGUGUUAGUCCUUUAUUGGUUUUUGUCAAUUCUAAGAGUGGAGAUAAUCAGGGAGUAAAGUUUCUUCGUCGAUUUAAACAGUUACUAAAUCCAGCUCAGGUGUUUGAUUUGAUGAAUGGCGGUCCUCAUUUGGGUUUAAGAUUAUUCCAGAAGUUUGACAAUUUCCGGAUUCUUGUUUGUGGAGGAGAUGGAAGUGUGGGUUGGGUUUUGUCAGAAAUUGAUAAGCUCAACUUGAACAAACAGUGUCAGCUGGGAGUACUGCCUCUGGGCACAGGAAACGACCUUGCCCGCGUUCUCGGCUGGGGAGGCUCCUACGAUGACGACACCCAACUUCCUCAGAUACUUGAGAAGCUGGAACGAGCCAGUACCAAAAUGUUGGACAGGUGGAGUAUUAUGACCUAUGAACUCAAAUUGCCGCCAAAAGCUUCUCUACUUCCCGAACCUCCAGAGGCGUCUGAAGAAUUUUAUAUGACAAUUUAUGAAGACUCAGUUGCAGCUCAUCUUACAAAAAUCCUCAAUUCUGAUGAACAUGCAGUGGUCAUAUCUUCUACCAAGAUACUUUGUGAGACUGUAAAGGACUUCGUUGCCAAAGUAGAGAAGGCACAUGAAAAAACGCUGGAAAAAGCUGUUGCAGCCGAUGCUGUGGCCAAUAAAUGUUCCAUCCUAAAUGAGAAGCUUGAACAGCUGCUCCAGGCUUUGCACUCAGAGUCCCAGACAGGUCCAGUGCUCCCAGGCCUCAGCCCUCUCAUGGUAGAAGAAGAUGCUGUGGAAUCUUCCAGCGAAGAAUCCUUGUGUGAGAGCAAGGAACAUCUCUUGGAUCCCACUACAAAACCCUCAUCCCAGAAAGCUGUCAAACCAAGGGAGAUAAUGCUGCGGGCAAACAGCUUAAAGAAAGCAGUGAGGCAAGUCAUUGAGGAGGCCGGAAAAGUGAUGGAUGACCAGCCAGUUCACUCCUCUGAACUAGUUAAUCAGUCGUUCGAUUAUGAUAGCACAGAAACAGAUGAUUCCAAAGAUGAAUUAAAAGAAGAUGAUGCAAAAGAGUCAUUAACUGUUAAAGGUGCACCUCGGUCUCCAGAUGGCCGGUCUGGUCGUUCCCAAACUGAUUCUGGCCCUGGUGCCCCUGUAGCAUCCAGCAAGGAAAACCUCCCUGUGCUCAAUACCAGAAUAAUUUGCCCAGGUUUAAGAGCAGGACUAGCUGCCUCAAUUGCUGGAAGUUCUAUUAUCAACAAAAUGUUGCUAGCAAAUAUUGACCCUUUUGGUGCAACACCAUUUAUUGACCCAGAUCCAGAUUCAGUAGAUGGCUAUUCAGAAAAAUGUGUCAUGAACAAUUACUUUGGGAUUGGAUUAGAUGCAAAAAUUUCAUUAGAAUUUAAUAAUAAGAGAGAGGAGCACCCUGAAAAAUGCAGGAGCCGAACUAAAAACUUGAUGUGGUAUGGAGUCCUUGGAACUCGGGAAUUAUUACAAAGAUCAUACAAGAAUUUGGAACAGAGGGUUCAACUUGAAUGCGACGGGCAGUAUAUUCCUCUCCCCAGUCUGCAAGGAAUAGCGGUGCUGAACAUCCCCAGCUAUGCCGGAGGCACUAACUUUUGGGGUGGAACUAAAGAAGAUGAUAUAUUUGCUGCACCAUCAUUUGAUGACAAGAUCCUAGAAGUCGUUGCAAUAUUUGACAGCGUGCAAAUGGCCGUUUCAAGGGUCAUUAAACUGCAGCACCAUCGAAUUGCGCAGUGCCGUACAGUAAAAAUCACCAUAUUUGGUGACGAGGGGGUCCCAGUACAGGUGGACGGAGAAGCAUGGGUUCAGCCUCCAGGGAUUAUCAAGAUCGUGCACAAGAACAGAGCUCAGAUGCUCACCAGGGACAGGGCCUUUGAAAGCACCCUGAAGUCUUGGGAAGAUAAGCAGAAGUGUGAUUCCUGUAAGCCAGUUCAUCGAACGAACUUCUUCAUCCAGCAGGCGGCGGACCUGGCCACGGAGGAAGUGUCUCAGAUGCAGCUGUGCUCGCAGGCGGCCGAGGAGCUCAUCACCAGGAUCUGUGAUGCGGCCACCAUCCACUGUCUCUUGGAGCAGGAGCUGGCCCACGCGGUGAACGCCUGCUCCCACGCCCUGAACAAAGCCAACCCACGCUUCCCAGAGAGUCUUACAAGAGACACUGCCACAGAAAUAGCCAUCAAUGUGAAGGCCCUAUAUAAUGAAACAGAAUCUUUGCUAGUGGGCAGGGUUCCUUUGCAAUUGGAAUCUCCACAUGAAGAGCGAGUAUCCAACGCCUUACAUUCCGUGGAAGUGGAGCUACAGAAGUUAACAGAAAUUCCGUGGCUUUAUUAUAUCUUACACCCAAAUGAGGAUGAGGAGCCCCCCAUGGAUUGCACCAAGAGAAACAGCAGAAGCACGGUAUUUCGUAUUGUGCCCAAAUUCAAAAAGGAGAAGGUUCAGAAGCAGAAGACAAGUUCACAGCCUGUUCAGAAAUGGGGCACAGAGGAAGUUGCUGCUUGGCUGGAUCUGCUCAAUUUGGGAGAGUACAAAGAAAUCUUCAUCCGUCAUGACAUCAGAGGGGCUGAACUCUUGCAUCUGGAAAGGCGAGAUCUUAAGGACCUGGGGAUACCGAAAGUGGGUCAUGUGAAGCGAAUUCUCCAGGGAAUUAAAGAGCUUGAAAGGAGCACCCUCCAGCCUGAGGUGUAA